AUGGACGACGACCCCAUGGACUUGGACUACAACAAUGGCGGGGAUCAACGCAGAGGCAGAAAGCGUAAGAACGCCAGUCGCGACGAGGAGAAUGACAGGAGAACGAGGCGCGAGGAGAAGAGACGUAAGCAAGAGGAGCGUGAGGAGCAGGCGCGACAAGAAAGAGAGAUCCAGAACCGAAGGAUAUUCAUUGAAUUUGGAACCGCACAUCUCAUGAACGGAGUCUACAUCGGUCAGCCCAUUGAAAGAUACGUUACGCUAAGUACAGCAGAGCAAUCCGAGCUGCUCAACGGGGAGUGGGACUCCUUCCAAGAAGAAGACAGGACGUAUUUCGGUCCAGAAAUGUCCAAUCUGCUGGACCUACAACGGUUGCUAGAUGAAGCCUGCUCGACCGUCGACACAUGUAGAGCCAAAUGGAUUGACUUAGCAGAGAAAGAUACCAACUGGCUAAAAUAUCUCGACCUCUACGACACUGCCUUACACGAUGCAAUUAUCGCUUGCGACAAUUUCACGGAACUUGUCGUAGAACUCAUCGACUGGUACAACAACAAACCAAACUCCGUUUUCCUCGAAAACCUCCGCUGGCACAAUGACCUGUGGCGCGGAAAGAGAUUCACCAUGUACGCUGAUAUGCUCAUCUUUCGGCGCGAGAAGCUGUAUCCCGCGAAACGCAAGACUCCAGGUCGCAAGCAAGAUGAUGGCGCCGUACCCGAAGAAGAAUUUGACGAAUACAAAGAUCGCUCGGAAGCCAGGGCGACGAUUAUCCCUACACUGCCGCCCAUAAUAUUUCCACUUGGUGACAUGGCCGCCGUGCAUUGGACUUGCGUCGAUCGCAUAGGACAGGUUGGAGGGCAAAACAUAGGCGUCGACAUUCUGCUCGGAGUGGACGCUUCCGGAAGAAUCGUUGAGCGCAAAGUCCGCAAGCAUAUUUCGAUGGUGGACGAAUGGAAAACUCCCAAAUUCUGGCAUGGAGACUUUGAAGGAGAUCCGGACGAGCUUUACCCGCGAGAGUACCUGGCGCAGCGACUGAUGAGCCAGAAGGAAGCGAGAUUUGUGGUCAAGGCAGUAGGCCGGCCGCGUUACGAUGGCAUUGACGAGGUUGUGCAGAUAUACAUGGAAUAUGCUCUGCACGGCGACCUUGACGAUGCUCUGCGACUGCAUCAAGCAGUCAACACUAAGAUGCCUGAAGCGUUCCUCUGGCUGCUCUUGCAGGCGCUCGUCGAGACCGUGUACAUCAUGAAAUACGGCUACCUCAAAGACGGUCAGAAGAAACCGCAGAAUUGGCUCGAGAUCGUACACCGCGAUCUAAAGCCAGGCAAUGUGUUCCUGGACCAGAGAGAUCCCGGGCAUUUCCCAAUGUACCCAAGGCCCAAAGUCGCUGACUAUGGCCUAUGCCUUCUCACUAACGCCGACGACCCCUGCAAUCCCAAGGUCACCACUGGCGGUGGCACUCCAGGCUACCAGCCACCUGAGACAAUCCGGUUCAUUGAUCCUGUGAACGAAAAACGGGUUGACGAUCACAACCAGAUCCUCUCACCUUGUAAUGUCUGGGGCAUCGGCGCAAUCCUCUACGCUCUCAUGACCCUCCAAUCCCUCGACGACGCCCCACCCCCGGAGCAUCAACUCCCCUACUGCACAACCGCCACCGCACCCGACUUCGGCCCCUUCACCUACGCCGUUGCCGGCGACGUGACAAAAAAAUGGGGUGCCGGCGCAUACACGAAGCCUCUCAUAGACAUCGUGCAAACGUGUCUGGACUUCGAUCCGGAGAAGAGGGGAAGCAUCGAGACUUGGAAGGAGACUAUUAAGGAUCAAAUCAAUCGGUAUCCGUAUUAUAGAUUGAAUGCUGGACAGCGGGUGGGGGAUGAUGUUACGCCGAAGUUGAGGACUUUGGAGGAGAGGGCGGCGUAUAGGGAUCAGAUGGUCUGUCCGCCGGUGUGGAGGGAUUCGGAGGGGAAUGUGGUGGAGGUUUAG